AUGGAAGUAGCCUCCCGGAUCGGCCGGACACAGAUAGUGAAGUUGCUUCAGGAUGUUGCAGCUGAGGAGUAUACAGCGCGAGGUACAGGUGCAGCAAAGGCAAGCCCCGAGGUCACGCGCACUACGGCAGCACCAACCAGGUCCAGGACACUGGCGGCGAAGGUUCUUCCCAGCGCGUCCAGUGGCUUUUCACAAGAGCUUCGUCUACGUGCAGGAUACCCCAGUGGCAAGGGCUUGCAAAAGAGCAGCGGCAACAGGGCCAUCAAUUCAGGCUCUUCCCUUGGCAAAGGCACACAGAAGAGCAGCAGCUGCAACAAACCCAUUUCAACUCAGAGCCCAAUUCCGGCACGCACCCGGAGCCCAACAAGUACAAGCAACAGAGGACGGGCGACCGUGGGACUGGAGCAAAAGCUUGUGAGCAAGCCUGCAGCUAAAGCCGUGGGCAAAGCUGCAAGCAAGCCUGUCACUAAGGCUUCAAGCAAGCCCUAA